UCAUUAUCAAAAAAAGAAUGGUAUAAACGAGAAUUUAUACUGAUAAAACAUAUCAGUUGCGUAUAAAUACUCUCUGUUAACAGUCUCUCUACUGCAUUGCAGUGAAAUCAGUGAUCUACGUAUUGUGUCCUAUAACGCCUAUUUCUAUAUUCACGAUAUAUAUUCUGUACCGAAUGUACUAAAUCAACAAACAAGUGCUCCGACAAAAUAAUACGAAAUUCCAUAAUUACAUUCAUAUUACGAAAAGAUGACUCAACUAUAGAUAUCAUAAUUAUGAAAAAAAGAUAAGAAUUUGAUAACAAAAUCCAACUGUUUCAUUAUAUUCCGUUUGCAGUUUCAGUGCAUACUGUACUUUCUUAAGUGACACAAGUGUGACUAUUUUUCGAAAAAAUGCUUUCCCUGUUUAAAUCAAAUUCACGAUAUGCUAUGUUCAGGAUUUUGAAUCAUCAUCAUUUUUCACGAUGUUUUUCUGUGUUGCAUGCUAAUUUUAGAGAACGAUGUCAUCACAAGUUAAACAUCCAAGCAAGAGCUAAUCUUUCUCAAGCAAUCAAAGCUGCUCACAUGUAUAAUCCUGGCGAAUUUCCAUUAUUGGACAAAACCAUCGGACAGAUACUCGGCGAAGCUGUUGCAACCUGGCCCGAACGAACUUGCGUCGUUUCGCUUCACCAAAAUAUUCGAUUAACGUUCUCCGAGCUUCUUCGACGAGUUGACGCGGUGGCGGCGGGUCUCAAGAAAUUAGGCAUGAAAAAAGGCGAUCGACUGGGCAUUUGGGGUCCAAAUGAUCUCGAAUGGUUCAUAACUUCCCUGAGUGCAUCGAGGGCGGGAUUAAUCGUCGUCGCGAUUAACCCGGCUUAUCAACAGAGUGAAUUAGUAUAUUGUUUGCAAAAAGUUGGGGUAAAAGCGAUUGUCUCGCCAGCCACGUUCAAAAUGCACAAUUAUCCGAGGAUGUUACUGGCCGCCAAAGAAGUGUGUCCCACUUUGGAACAUAUUAUCAUUUAUUCACCUGAUCAUGUGACCGGUACUCAUCGUUUCACUGAUGUUGAGGCUUCGGCAACAAAAGCGGAAGUGGAAGCGAUCGCCGCCGAACAGAGCGAAAUAUCCUGUAACGAUGGAUGCAACAUACAGUUUACAUCUGGUUCCACUGGCAAAUCCAAGGCCACUCUACUCUCACAUAAGUCUCUUGUGAAUAACAGCAAAGAGAAUUCACGAAGAACAAACCUAAAUAUCGACAACAAAAUAUGUUUAAAUGUACCGUUCUUCCACGCUUUCGGAUUAACAAUGGCCAAUAUACUCAUCUUGCAUACUGGAAACACUCUCGUUAUAGAAGAUCGUUCCUUCAAUCCGGUAAAAACAUUGAAGGCGAUAGCGCAAGAAAAGUGUGCCAUAACAUAUGGAACGCCAACUAUGUGGGUGAACUUACUCGAGGCACAACAGCGAUUGCAACUACCGAUGGAUAGUCUUCAGGCAGGAAUUAUUGGUGGUGCACCUGCCUCUUCUGAACUUUUCAAGCGAAUACGAGGGUUACUCGGUUUUAAUGAUAUGAUGAGCAUAUACGGUCUCACAGAAACGACAGCUGUAGUAUUUCAAUCAGUACGUGGAGAAGAAAAUCAUUUGGCUGAGAACACCGUGGGUCAUUUAGCAAAUCAUAUCGAAGCAAUGGUUGUCGAUCAAAAUGGUGUGUCCGUUCCCUUCGGAAAACCUGGCGAACUUUGGGUACGCGGAUAUUGUAACAUGUUACAAUACUGGGACGACGAAGAAAAUACAAGAAAGACAUUGACGCAAGAUGGUUGGUUAAAAACUGGCGAUCAAUUCAUCUUGCAAGAAAACGGAUAUGGUAUUAUAAUCGGAAGAUUAAAAGACAUGCUCAUUCGGGGAGGAGAAAAUAUUUUCCCUAAGGAAAUCGAAGACUUUCUAAUGACUCAUCCUAAAGUAAAAGAGGCGCAAGUUAUAGGAGCACAUGAUGAAGUCUAUGGAGAAGAAAUUUGUGCUUGCAUUCAACUUAGAGACGAUGUAACCAUGACAAAAAAUGAACUGACAGAUUAUUGUAAAGGCAAAAUAGCACAUUAUAAAAUACCGCGUUAUGUGCACUUUGUAGAUGAAUAUCCAAAAACCACUAGCGGAAAAAUUCAAAAAUUCCGUUUAAAAGAACAAUUGGAGAACAGUGGUGUGAUACCGCCGAGAUCAAAUCAUUGACAAUAAAAUAUAAUUUAUAUAUUAUUUAUAAUAAAAUUAAUAUCAUAUAUAAUAUAUAUAAUAAUAUAUGUAUAUUAUAUAUGAUACUAGGCAUAGUGACGCCGACUUUGAUUUUUUCGUGGGAAGACCCACGCGGCCGCGCGAUUUUCGAAAUGCGCUAGAAAUUUAUUUAUGAUGUAUAUAGUUUUUGAAUGUCGCAGAAUCUUUAGAUUUUCUGUCUAAAAUAAAACAUCUCCACUGGAUUUUAGAGCAAAAAAUUAAUUGUGAUCAUUGCUAGAACGAUAAUUCCGCGUGUAUUAAUUAAUAUAUAUAAUUAUUAUAUAUAUAUAUUUAUUAAUUAUAUAUACAAUAUAAAUAAAUAUAUACACAUAAAUAUAUGAUUAAGAAAUCCUAUAAUUGUCUGCUCUUUACAAACUUCGAUUAAUUUAAUCAUUUUUAUUAAUUUGUAGAAUAAUUAACAUCAAAAUUUCUAAAUGAUAUCAAACUAUUGAUAUAAGAAAUAAUAUAGAAAUAUUAUUGCUCUCUUGGCUAUUCUACAAAAGUUAAUUAAUAAUUAAGUAAUAGGAAAUUGUUCCGAGUGAUAAUAAGAGUCGAAUAUGUUAUUAAAUGGAAAGUAUCUAUUAUAAAAGAAUAAAGGCUCUGCGCAUAAUAA